AUGACUUCUGAAGUUGAUUUGAAACAAACAAAUGAACUUUUACAGCGUCGGCGGUUGAGACUACAACAGGUUCGGGAACAAUCAAAAGACAUAGCGAAGAAAAUUCGACAGCGUGCUAAAGUUGAAACGUUGCGACAGUUGAAUGACGUUGAUGAAAAGAAAGUGAAAAAAUAUUUUGAAUGCCAGAAACAAUUCGUCAAUCGAUUACAAGAUCUCUAUACAAACGGUUUAGAAAAUGUUGGUGCUGGGCAUAGGAAUGCUUCUGAUCAAGAUAAAGAGGAUGUUGAUAAGAAAAGUGAUAAGUCAAAAUUAAGAGGUAAAGAAGCUGUGGCUGAAGUAAGAAGAAAAAAGCAAGAAAUAUUAAAUAAGAAAAAGGAAUUGUUGGAUAGAAAACUCCUAGCCAGAGACACUGCUAAUGAAAGGAGUAGAGAGAAAUCAAAUACUGUUGUCAAAAACCUUCAAGCUCCUGACACUGUAUCUGGUAAUAAGGAAUUUGUAGACAAAAACCAUGAAAUUAGUAUUGUGAAAAAGGUUGAUAUGGCUACACAACUAAAUUAUGAUGAACCAUUAAAUGAUCGUCAAGAGGAUAUACCUCUACUGUUGUUGCCUGAGAGUGAAAGCAUUAAAGAUGUGACUGAGAAAUUAGACACAAUUAAGAAACCUAAUCUAUUUGCCUUAAGUGAUGAAAUGCCAUCUAGUCUGAGAGGUGGAACAUCCAAUAUUCCUCAGGAAAUUAAACACAACAAACCAUCUCUUACAUUAGUGUCAGAAUAUAUACAGAACAGAAGACUUCGCUUAAGAGAAACUGAAACAAAUUGUAAUAACAAACGAGCGGAAAAGUUGCAGAAUAUUAAACAGACAAUACAAAAAACUAGAGCAUCUAAAGCAGAAGUUCAGGAAAGUAACAAAGAAAACUCGGAAAAAACAAACAAUUCAGAAAGCUUACGUAAAGGAUCAAUUACAAUGUAUAACCAUUUGACACGAGACAUUAAGACUAUACCUUGUAAUGAUGAAAACUUAGUAAUACGGGAUCUAAAUACUGAAGAUGAUGCAUUUUCGAAUGCCCAAAAGCAAGAGACACAUGGUAGUUUAAAACAAAUGGAACUACAGCAUAAAAUAGCUGAAAGACGAAGCAAGGUUGCAAUGACUAAAGAAAAUGUUGAUAUGGAGUAUAGAGACACACUGGCAUUUUUGAAUUCAUUACCAAAAGACAUGUCUAGUAAAACUAAUAAAACUGUAUAUAUGGAUGAAAAGCGUCAGCAGCAGGUAAAAGAUGACCAUGAAAGGAAAUUACACCAAGAAUAUAAAAAUAUAGAAAAAGAAUGCAGGAAACACAGGUGUAAGCAUACAAAAUCUCACUUGCCAUGUAGACCAAAUCAUGAAGUUAAAGACUUAAAUGAGAAAAAAAUGCAAUACUCAUGGAUGCCAGUACCAGAGAAGGAAAGAAACCUGGCAAUUCACAAUAUACCUACAACACUUAAAGAAGUCAAACAUGGCAAUACUGUUAAAUUUAGUGAUGACAAUGACUACCAUGAAUACAGAUCAAGUCACAAACAUACUCCACCUACUAAAGACAUUCCUAAUGAAUCAAAACUACCUAAGAGUAGGUAUAUAGAGACUGUGCUCAUUGAACAAAAUGGAAAUGAAUCAACAGAUUGCACUUCAAUUACUUCCGAUACUAGUUCUUUGGACAUAGAUCUUAACAGAAGAGAGAAAAUAGACAAAGGUUUAGAGGAAUAUGAUUCCAAGACAUCAGAAAAUGAUAGGAUUAUUAUUUACAAAAUUCUUAACUCCAAAUAUGACAAGCGAAAGAAAUUUCGCAAGAAAUCUACCUUGGCAGAUAAAAAUAGUAAAACCAUUGAAGCCACUCAUAAGGUAGUUGAAAAUAAGGAUAUUAAUGAUGUUACCAACCAAACCGAACAACCUACAGGCAAAAGCGACAAUAAUAUCAAUAAAGCAUCAUUUGAACAGAUGAAAGAGGGAAUCUAUAGGACGGUGAAGAAAAAUGGGGAUAAUAUGGCCUCAUUGCAGUUUUCUGAUAAUCCAGUAACACUAGAAGGCGAAUAUUUUAAUAAAAAUAAUAACUUUGGGCAUGAAUGUUGCCAUUGUUCUAAACAAGAAACUAAAGGUGCUGAUACCAAGGUUGAUCCACCUCACAUUCUUAAUUAUGACAGGCCUGCUCAAAAUUGUAUUUGUUUGAAAAACAUAAAUAGACCAGAAGUUCAAACGGUUCAAAAUCCUUCUGCUGCAACAUCCACAUCAUCAUUUAAACAAGAUGUAAACAAAGUCAACAUAGUUGAAUCUGAUGGUGCUUGUAUUAAAUUAAUAGAUGAAGGCAGCCAAGAUAACGGAAAGUUUUACGUUGGCACCACGGGUUAUCUUCGAAACGAAGCCUACGAAGUUGUUAUACAGCUUAGAAAGAAAGAAUUUAACGCGAAAGAUGCAGAUCAUAACAGGGAACAAGAUAAAUUUUCGAACUCCGUAAAGGAAACUGAUAUAAAUUUACCAUUGCAAAACUCUCAAGCAAGCGACUUCUACAUACACGCAAACUACAAGUUCUCCAAUUCAGCGGCCCAUAUUCAUGCAUAUGAGCUCUUCAACAUCUACUGCGUACAUGAGCCCUCCAGAACUUAUUAUGCCUCAAUUUCU